AUGGCUGAGUUCCGGCAGGCUCUAAAUGAGACUGUUGUUAUUCCGCGACAUCCAAUCGCUCACUUUCGAGCGUUACUGUUCGAUGCUUGGGAUGAAUGGUCCUCAGUCACCGAGUUUUCCCUUCAAUUCUCAGCUGAAGAGGUUGUAGAGAUUGAAAAAGAUGUCGAGGGUGAUGAUGAAUAUAGCCAAAGAGAAGCUUGGAGAUCUGUGGCCGGAAAAGGGGAUUAG